CAGCAGCAGCAGCAGCAGCCGCAGCAGCAGCAGCAGCAGCAGCCUCAGCAGCGGCCGCACCACCAUCAGCAGAUGCCCCCGCGCAAGCCUGUGAAGCCUGCCAAGCAGAACGUAGCCGCGUGUGCAAUAGCGGCCGCUGCUGGCGUUCACUCGAGAGAGCCGACACCACCUGUCACCGGCAUGCCAGACUUCAACCAGACCGCACACAAUCAAAUUGUGCCUCAGCCAGUCUACAUGAGUUUGGAAGAGCUAGAACAAACCAGUAAGCAGCAGCAGCUUCCUCAGCCACCACCACAGGAUCAGCAGCAGCAACAACAACUACAGCAACAGCAGCUACAGCAGCAACAGCAGCAGCAGCAGCAGUGCCCUACCAGUGCUGGAGGUCAGAAUAGGGCAUCGAUGGGUGGCGCCACCCAGGAGCUGGCGCAGGCCCUGCAGCGUCGCCUGAGCCGGGAGAGCGGCAGCCGACAGUCGCUGCAGUCGAGCGGCUACGGCACGCAGCCGCCGUCCGAGUCCGACGCCUUCGAAGAGUUUGACGAUAUGUACAAUGGCCUAGUAAACAAACGUGGUUUAGACAAGUACUGCACACUGCCUAGAAACUUUGAGUUGUCCCCGCAGCUUAAGCAGUUGCUCAGCCGGAGGCAUAACUCUGUGUCAGCGUGUCCGGAGUAUUUCAACGCCAAAAGCGUGCCAGGUGGCGCCACCGUAGGACGGGCGAGCGCGGCGAAGCCACCUCCCCCGGUGAGGAGGACGUCGUCCGUGACGGCGCCGACCAGCAUGCAGAAGCAGUUCGCCGGACCAAAGACGUCGGCUAAGCCUGCUGGAUACGCGCGAUCUCACAGCAUCGCCGGCGACAUGCACGCGUACGGUGGCGCCACCACCGUCGCCGGGGCGGAGAACGGCGACGAGUCGCAGACGACGACGCCCGUCAACAGCGACGACGACGCCGUGCUGAAUCGCGUCAGCCUCAUACACAGCCUCAACAGCAAGUUUGCCGAGUCGCUGCAGCACAGCACAGCGAUGACCGGUCUCCAGCAUCCGCCAGGUGUCUCCCCACGUCGCUCCGUGCACACGGAGGAGGACAGCGAUGAGCUGCCGCCCCCGCCGCCCGACGUCCAGCUAAAGAUUGACCUGCUGAGCCAGAUCCGCCACGGCGUCGAGCUCAGCCACUCAUUCACCAACGACCGCUCCGCGCCCAAGAUCAUGAUGAACCAGUAGCCGACCCUGCGCCGACCCCGCGCCGACCCGAGACGAACCCCGCUGUGACCUCGGGUCGACAGCAUCGGUGCACGGCCGGCGAAAAAGCAUCGUCUUGUUUAGUGUCGUGGCGACGCGCAGGGAGGCAUC